AUGUAUACGAGAACGCUAUUAUCUCUCAAAAAUCUAACAUCUUUUCGGUCAGGACUGUUAAAUAAUACUAAUCCAUUACCACCAUCAAUAAUAACACAUUCACAUUUCAAUAAAGCUCAGCGCUGUUUGUUUUUUACAAUACCGAAGUUAAAUGAUCUUUUAUCCUCUCAGAAACAGUACACCGGUGAAAAAAUAAUAGGAUACUCACAGUCACAGCUUUAUGAAGUGGUAGCAAAUAUUAAUGACUACCACCUCUUUGUUCCUUUCUGCACCAAUUCAACCGUGCUUUCACAUGAACAGUUAGAUAGUGCCAAUGACUUUAUGACUGCUGAACUAGGGGUCGGUUUUCAAGGGUUCGAAGAGACCUAUAUCUCGGAGGUUACAUGCCAUCGCCCAAAAUUCGUAAAGGCUCAAGCAUCAUCAGACAAACUUUUCCGGCAUUUGCUAGAAUUCGAGUUUGCUUCGCCAUUGCAUGCACAGGUCUCUAAUAUGUUCUUUGAUCAAGUUAGUACGCUGAUGGUGAAAGCAUUCGAAAAUAGAUGUGGACAGAUAUACGGUCCUCCGUCUGCUGAAUUACCAGCUGAAUAUUAA